UCCGUCAGUCACCUGACGCGGAGACAGACCCCUUCUUCAAUCCUUGUCGACUUUGCCCCUGGAUUUCAGUACAAGGAUUGUUGUGUGGCUGCUUGGCAUUGCCCUAUCCACCCGAGGGCAAGUGGGCAACAUGAUAGAGAUCACUACUAGAUGCCCUAUCCACCCGAGGGUAACACGAAUACGACAGAGAGCUGAAAGAGCCUGGAAGAUCUUAUAAUGGAAUUCAUCAUACAUGGUAAGAUUAAAAUGGGGACGCCAUUGCUCUGGCUCGUGCUCUUCUCCUCCUCCCUGACCUUCACCACCUGUGCCGGCCUCCGCCUCGAGCUCACCCACCUCGAUGCCAACUGCACCGUCGAGGAGCGCAUGCGCCGUGCCAUGGCGCGGACCCGCCAUCAGCUGGCGUGGACGGACGCGGUGUCCGCACCCGUUCACUGGGUGAGGUCGCAGUACAUCGCCGAGUAUCCCAUCGGCGACCCGCCGCAGCAGGCCGAGGCCAUCAUCGACACCGGCAGCAACCUCAUGUGGACGCAGUGCUCCGGCUGCCGCUCAUCAUCUACUAGUUGCUUCAGCCAAGGCCUCUCCAUCUACGACCCCUCCCAGUCGCGCACGGCCCAUCAGCCCGUGGCCUGCGGCGACGCGGCGUGCUCCCUCGGCUCCGAGACGCGGUGCGCGGGUGAUGGCCAGGCGUGCGGUGUCUUCACCUCCUACGGCGCCGGCACCAUCACCGGGCUCCUCCGCACCGAGGAGUUCACGUUCGGGUCGGAGAAGGUGACCCUCGACUUCGGGUGCAUCACCGCGACGAGGAUCACGCCGGGCUCCCUGGACGGCGCGUCCGGGAUCAUCGGGCUCGGCAGGGGCGGGCUGUCGCUCGUCUCCCAGCUCCGCGACACCACGUUCUCCAGCCACCUCUUCGUCGGCUCGUCGGCCGGCCCGAGCCCCGGGAACAACGCGCCGGUGACGUCCGUGCCGUUCGUCGAGAGCCCCAACGGGGACCCCUUCAGCACGAGCACGUUCUACUACCUGCCCCUCACCGGCAUCACCGUCGGCGGGACCUCGCUCGACGUCCCCGCGGCGGCGUUCGGCCUCCGGCAGGUCUCGUCGGGGGACUGGGCGGUGACGCUGAUCGACUCGGGCUCCCCGUUCACGAGGGUCGUCGACGUGGCGUACCAGGCGCUGAGGGACGAGCUGGCGUGGCAGCUGGGCGCCAGCCUCGUGCCGCCGCCGGUCGGGAUGAGAGGGUUGGACUUGUGCGUGGCGCGGGGAGACGCCGGCAAGCUGGUGCCGCCGCUGGUGCUGCGCUUCGGGAGCGGCGGCGGCGGCGGCGGGGAUUUGGUGGUGCCGCCGGAGAAUUACUGGGGGGGCCUGGACGACGCCACGGCGUGCAUGAUGGUGUUCAGCUCGUCGGAUGAGACGACCAUCAUCGGCAACUACAUGCAGCAGGACGUGCACCUGCUCUACGACCUCGGCAAUGGCGUGCUCUCCUUCCAGACGAUCAAAAUGGAGAGACCUUUGCUCUGGCUCGCGCUCUUGUGCGCCUCCCUGAUGCCGUUCCCCACAAACUGCGCCGGCAUCCACCUCGAGCUCACUCACGUCGACGCCAAGGAGAAGUGCACCAUCGAGGAGCGCUUGCGCCGCGCCACCGAGCGCACCCACCGCCGUCUGGCCUCCAUGAUGGGCGGGGUGACGGCGCCCGUCCACUGGGCUGGGGCGACGCAGUACAUCGCCGAGUACCUCAUCGGCGACCCGCCGCAGCGCGCCGAGGCCAUCAUCGACACUGGCAGCAACCUCGUCUGGACGCAGUGCUCUCUUUGCCGCCGCACCAGCUGCUUUCACCAGAACCUUCCUUACUAUGAUCCCUCCCAGUCGAGCAGCGUCCGUGCCGUGGCAUGCGAUGACUCCGCUUGCCACUUCGGCUCGGAGACCCAGUGCAACGGCAAGGCGUGCGCCGUCAACACCAGCUACGGCGCCGGCGACAUCUUGGGGCUCCUCGGCACCGAGACGUUCACGUUUGGGUCUGAGAACGUGAGCCUCGCGUUCGGGUGCAUCGACUCGAACGAGCUGACUCCAGGGUCCCUGAACAACGCGUCUGGUAUCAUCGGGCUCGGCCGGGGCAACCUGUCACUCGUCUCCCAGCUCGGCGACACCAAGUUCUCCUACUGCCUCACGCCCUACUUCAGCGAUGCCGUCAACACGAGCCACCUGUUCGUCGGCGCGUCCGCCGACCUGAGCGGCGGCGGCGCGCCGGUGACGUCCGUGCCGUUCGUCAAGAACCCGAACGACGACCUGUACGGCACGUUCUACUUCCUGCCCCUCGCCGGGAUCACGGUGGGGGAGGCCAAGCUCGACGUCCCCGCGGCGGCGUUCGACCUCCGGGAGGUCGCGCCGGGGCGGUGGGCCGGCACGUUAAUCGACUCCGGCGCCCCGUUCACGAGGCUCGUCGACGUGGCGUACCAGGCGCUGAGGGCGGAGCUGGCGCGGCAGCUGGGCGACAGCGUCGUGCCGCUGCCGGCCGGGGUAGAAGGGUUCGACCUGUGCGUGGCCGUGGCGCAGGGGGACGCCGGCAAGCUGGUGCCGCCGCUGGUGCUGCACUUUGGAAGCGGCGGCGGCGCUUUGUCGGACCUGGUGGUGCCGCCGGAGAACUACUGGGCGCCCGUGGACGAGGCCACGGCGUGCAUGGUGGUGUUCAGCGCGGCGCGGCCGAACGCGACGCUGCCGAUGAACGAGACGACCGUCAUCGGCAACUACAUGCAGCAGAAUAUGCACCUGCUCUACGACCUCGGCAACGGCGUUCUCUCCUUCCAGCAGGCGGACUGCAGUUCCAUGUGA